GUUUGACGUUACAGAUAUAUUUAUUGCCUUUACGAAAUUAUCGGUUUAUAGACGAUAAUAUCGUGAGCCAAUUAUCUUUCAUAUAAGGAAAAAUGCUUGUCGUAGUAUAACGAUAAUAAGUGGUUACGUGGGUAACAUAAUGAUGAGGUGACACCUGGUUCUGCCAUGCGGAACAGGUCAGUCAGUAUUAUUUUUGGCUCUCUUGUUCUGUGGGGUUUAAUUACUACGUACUUUUUGAUUUCUGAUCAACCAGUGAAUAAGGAGCAAGACACUGCUAGAGUAUCCAAUCAAAUUAGUAAAUUGGAAAGAAGAAUAAAGCAAGAAAUAAUAUUGAAUCAGGAGCUUCUUCAAGAUAUCAAAGAGGAUAAACAACGUAAAAAAAAAUUAGACACAGUAAAUACAAACCCAAAUGAAAAACAGAAAGAUGCAAACUACAAUUCAGAAAAGGUUUCCCCUGAAAAGGAGGAAAAGGAAGAGGGAAAUGUCGAUAAGAAUGCGCAACCCUUAUACACAGAACCUAACGAAAUCUCCCGCAAUGUUCCUACAAAAGGAAAAUUACCAAAUGGAUCUCCAAUAAUAGCAGUUUUGGUAUUUUCUUGUAAUCGUGUUACUGUAAAAAGAUGUCUUGAUCAACUGAUCAAGUAUAGACCUAGCGUAGAACAGUUUCCAAUAAUUGUAUCAGAAGAUUGUCAGCAUCGUCAAACGGCUGAAAUUAUUAAUAGAUAUGGAAAUCAGAUAAUGCAUAUACAGCAACCUGAUCAAUCCGAUAUUGAAGUACCGCCAAAAGAGAAAAAGUUUAAGGGGUACUUCAAAAUUGCACGCCAUUAUGGAUGGGCUCUUAAUUAUGUCUUUUUUCAGCUUGGAUAUGAUACUGUGAUAAUAGUUGAAGAUGAUUUGGAUGUAGCCCCAGAUUUUUUUGAAUACUUUUUGGGUACUUAUCCUUUACUGGUAUCUGAUAAUACUCUGUGGUGUGUAUCGGCGUGGAACGAUAACGGUAAAGCCGGCUUGGUCGAUGAAAACGGGUCAGAUAUAUUAUAUAGAACAGACUUCUUUCCUGGAUUAGGAUGGAUGUUAACGCGUCAAUUGUGGGCAGAAUUAUCACCGAAAUGGCCGAAAUCAUAUUGGGACGACUGGAUAAGACAACCCGAACAACGUCGAAACAGAGCUUGCAUUCGACCAGAAAUAUCUAGAACAAGAACGUUUGGUAAAACUGGAGUCAGCAAUGGAAUGUUUUAUGAAAGGCAUUUAAAAUACAUAAAACUGAAUACAGAAUUUGUGCAUUUCACUAAGAUGAAUUUAACUUAUUUAUUAAAAGACAAUUAUGACAUUAGUUUUGUGAACGAUGUAUACCAGUCCACCGUAGUAAGUUUUUCAGAAUUAAAAAAUGGUAAAGUUAUGGCACCAGGCGCCGUACGGAUACCUUAUUAUUCUCGUCAAGCAUAUAAAAAUACUGCCAAGCAGUUUGGAUUAAUGGAUGAUUUCAGGAGUGGAGUACCGAGAACCGGAUAUCGUGGAGUGGUUACGUUUUUCUACAAAGGAAGAAGAGUACAUUUAGCACCCAGUGCAAAUUGGAAUGGUUACGAUAUUACUUGGAGCUAACAAAAAAUCCGUCAACACAGAUUUAUUUUUUCA